UGGGCUGCUCGGUGUUGUGAAUGGGGGCUCCAUGGAGGUGGAUCUUCUUGCCUCCCUUUGAUCUCCAGCCAGGCAGGGCCCCCAAAAGCAGGAUGAUGCGACUGGGCUUUUCCCUGCAGAGCCUCCCCUCACCCUGUGGGCAGAGGCCUGGACAGGAAGACCCCGGCUGGCCCUGCUAGAACUCCAGUCCCCAGCAGCUGAGCCCAGCUCUAUCUUCCCCCCUGCCCCUUCCUCACCCAGACACAUGCCUCCUGUUCAGUCCGGCUGGGCAGAGGUUGAGCCUGGGCAGAGUGAGGACAGGCCAGACAGGAGUGCCAGGCCCCGUUAGCUGGGGCAGUGGCGCUCAGGCUGGGAUGCUUUGGCCUUCCUGUCCCUUCCAGGAGGAGACGAAGGUGGGGUGCCUGGGCAGUGCGCCGUCUCCCUGUGUCCUGAGAGGGAGGGGCUGUCUUGUCUCACAGCCCUGCCCCCUGCCCUGACAUGCAGGCCUGAGCCACGGAGCUGCCCUUGUGGUCUUACACUGCCAGGCCAGCCCUCCCUGGGGUCUGGCUCCUGCCCAGGGGCAGACUGCAAAUCACAGCCUGUGAGGGAUGCUCUUCUCUGGCCUAUUUCGGGCCUCAGAGGCCCCCUCCCUCCCUCUCUGGGCUCUCCCUAGGCCCCAGCCAGUAUUUCAGGCUUUGGCUGGGCUCCGGGCAGCCCUUCCUGAGGAAGGGGCCGGGCAGUGUCCUGCGGUUGGCAGUCCUCCGCCCCGUAGGGCCCAGCCACAUCCUCUGGGGUUGGCCAGAGCCAAAUGAUGGCCCCCAAUUAGUCCUGGCCGCAUCCCUUGCGUCCCACCCGCCCCAGCAGGUAUAAAUGGUGCUGGCGCAGGAAGGGCAGACUGAGUCCCUGCAGCAGCCCAGCCGCACGGACAGACACCAUGAAGGGCCCCACGGAGCUCGCCCUGCUGGCCCUGGCUGUGCUCUGCCUGGCUGCCUGGGCAGAUGCAAAGCCCAGUGGCGCAGAGUCCAGCACGGGGACAGCCUUCUUGUCCAAGCAGGAGGGCAGUGAAGUGGUGAAGAGACCCCGGCGCUACCUGGACCAAGGGCUGGGGGCCCCCGCGCCCGCUCCAGACCCCCUGGAGCCCCGGAGGGAGGUGUGUGAGCUGAACCCAGACUGUGACGAGCUGGCGGACCACAUGGGCUUCCAGGAUGCCUACCAGCGCUUCUACGGCACGGCCUAGGCCUGCCCGCCGCCCGCCCGCCAGACCCUCGCUCCCUCCCCUCACUCCCUCCCCUCGCAGCCUCCGCCAGCCUUCCAGCGUGGGCAGCCCCGCUGCUCCCAAAUAAAGCCCAGGGGAGGAGCUGGU